AGUGUAAUUGUGAGUGUUGGUGUAGUGGUAGUGUAAACAGUGUGUUCAGUAUGAAUAUCACCAACGGUUACAAAAAUUUCAGCUUAGAUCUAAAAAUGUUUAUUCUGUUAGCCAGAAUUCUAAGAAAAUGGCAGAUUGCAAUUUUUAACGAAUGGUGAAAUGUUAUUGAAGAUUCAUUUCUUACAGAAACUUUUGAAUUUUUUCUUUGAAAUCUUUGGAAAUAUGAGUGUUGGACGGGAAAGCGUUUUCAUUUAAAUAUAAAUAUUUUUAAAGAAUGCUAUCAGUGAUUUGGAGUAAAAUAUAAUAGGAGAUUAAUGUUCGUUUAAAAUAAGAAAAAAAUAUCUAAGAAACUAUAAAAAGAAGGCGUUAUAAGUAUUUCUAAAUAUUUUUAUUAUUCUUUCUGGCUAACUAUCACUUCAAUAACUUUCAGUUGGUGUAUAAAAACUGUGUAAACAAGUGUUAUUAGAAUAAUUAUCAUGUUCAAAAACGCAGUUGUUAAUAAUUUAAACGAUUCAUUUACUAACUGAUAGAUAUAUUUACAUUUACAUUAUUUUAUUUUAAAACUAUUUAUAAGAUCCUUUCACAAUAAUAAACUUUCAUUAUUGACCAGAGAAGAUAAGAUAUUAAAUGAAGUAUUGGCAGUCAUAAGUGUUGUAAUUUAGAGACAUCAUGAAAUCUGGAGGACCUGGAUAUGCUAGUCCAUUAGAUGCUAUGAAAUAUGGACCAAGAGAAAAAUUAUUGUACGUAGUUUGUAUUAACCCUCACGGAGGUGAGGACCUUUUAGCUACUGUUGAUGUGGAUCCAAAUUCAUCGGAAUAUUGUCAGAUCAUUCAUCGAUUAAGAACUGGUAAUAAAAACGACGAACUCCAUCAUUCUGGUUGGAAUGUUUGUUCUAGCAUACAUUGUUCUGAGGGAUGUUCCAAUGGUAAUGCACGUGAUAAACUAGUAUUACCGGCUUUAGGAUCUGAUAGAAUCUACGUGGUAGAUGUGGGAAAAAAUCCAAGGGCUCCCGAGUUUCAUAAGGUAGUGGAAGGAACCGAGAUGAGAAAGUUUAAUUGCAGGACUCCCCAUACAGCACAUUGCCUUGCUAAUGGCGAAAUAAUGAUAUCAAUAAUGGGGGAUAAUGAAGGAAACGCGAAAUCUGAUUUUAUCCUGUUAGACAGCAAAACGUUCGAAGUUAAAGGAACGUGGGUCAAAAAUGGAAAAUCUGCGAAGUUUAAUUACGAUUUCUGGUACCAACCCUACUUUGACGUGAUGGUUUCUACAGAAUGGGGAGUACCAAAAUUAUUCAAGCACGGCUACCACAAAUCCCAUUCUGAAAAUCCUGAUAUAUACGGACGUAGCCUUAAUUUUUUCUCAUGGAGUAAAAGGGAGUUGAUCCAGACAAUUAAUUUGGGCGAAGAUGGUGUUGCUCCUUUGGAAGUUAGAUUUCUACAUAAUCCUAAAGAACCUCAGGGAUAUGUAGGCUGUGCGGUUAAAGCCAAUGUUUAUAGAUUUUAUAGAAAAGAAGAUGGUACUUGGGCAGCCGACAAAGUCAUAGACAUUCCACCUAAGAAAGUCUCUGGAUGGGAUGAUCCUUAUAUACAGGGUAUGAUAACGGACAUUUUGAUAUCGUUAGAUGACAAAUAUCUAUAUUUAAACAACUGGUUGCAUGGAGACGUUAGACAAUAUGAUAUAACAGACAGAGCUCAUCCAAAACUAACAGGUCAAGUUUUCCUCGGCGGAAAAAUUCUAAGCGAUUCGGACCUCCAUGUUUUAGAAGAUAGCGAACUUGAAAAUCAACCUGAACCAGUUUUUAUUAAAGGUAAACGAUUUGCAGCAGGUCCUCAAAUGAUGCAACUCUCUUUAGACGGCAAAAGAUUAUAUGUUACUUCCAGCGUCUUAUCUACAUGGGACGAACAAUUCUAUCCUGAGGUUAUUGAAACUGGAACUAAAAUGGUGAAACUCGACAUCGAUCCUGAUAAAGGAGGAAUGAAACUCGAUGAAAACUUUUUAGUUGAUUUCGGAGAAGGGUCCGAUGGUCCUCUAUUAGCCCACGAACCAAGAUAUCCUGGGGGCGACUGUACUUCCGAUAUCUGGUUAGCACGAGAAUAAUUUUCGAUAACCUCAACGAACUUCGACACUCAGAUAACCAAUUUUGAAACGACUUGAUUGGAAUAUUUUACUUAUCUAAUUAUAUUUUUAUGUAUAAAUAAA